AUGACGGGCCCCAAGUCGUUGGCUCACACCAACGCCACCCUCCAGAUCUGGAGGCGCCUGCGCGACCUCAGGGCCAAGACGACGGCCAUUGUCCUCGACGGCAACAGCCUUGACAUUGCCUCGGUCGUCGCCGUUGCCCGCCACGACGUCAAGCCCGUCAUCAGUGCCGAUCCGGACCUCGCCAAGCAGAUCGACCUCAGCGUCGAGGCUCUCGCCGCCUAUCUCGCCCGCGACUGGGUCGUCUAUGGCGUCAACACGGGCUUCGGCGGCAGCGCCGACUCGCGCACCAACGGCCUGCUCGAUCUGCAGAUCCAUCUGCUGCAGCACACCCAGAGCGCCAUCAUCACCACCGCCGACAAGGAUCCGGCCGCCAACUCGGACCGCCAGGCCCCCCAUGUCAUGCCCCCGGAAUGGGUCCGGGGCGCCAUCGUCGCACGCGCCAACCAGAACCUGCGAGGCCACAGCGCCGUCCGCCUCUCCGUCCUGCGCAGCCUUAUCGACCUGCUGCACCACGACCUGACGCCCCUCGUGCCCCUGCGCGGCACCAUCUCCGCCUCGGGCGACCUCAUGCCCAUGUCGUACAUCGCGGGCGCCGUCACCGGCAACCCGGACAUCUUUGUCCAGACGGGCCGCGGCACGGAUGCCCGCGUCAUGCCCGCGUCCGAGGCCCUGCGCGUCAGCGGUCUUGCCCCCUCGGGUCUCGGCCCCAAGGAGGCCCUCGGCCUGAUCAACGGCACCGCCCCCUCCGUCGCCGUCGCCAGCCUCGUCCUCCACGACGCCCAGCAUCUCGCCCUGCUGUCCCAGAUGCUGACCGCCUUGACCGCCGAGGCCCUGGGCGGCAACGUCGAGUGGGUCCAGCCCUUUAUCCACGCCGCCCGCCCCCACGCCGGCCAGAUCGAGGCCGCCGGAAACAUUCGUCGGUUCCUCAAGGGCUCCAAGAUGGUCGUCGGCCUCGAGUCGAGGAAGAGAAAGGGCCAUGGCCUGUGGCAGGACAGAUACUCGACCAGGACCGCUCCCCAGUGGAUCGGCCCUUACCUCGAGGACCUGCUCCUGGCCCAGCGCCAGCUCGAGGUCGAGCUCAACUCCACCUCGGACAACCCCCUCGUCGACGCGUCUCCCGACCCCAUGCAGCAGCAGAUGCGCAACGAGGCGCCCGGCGCCGGCGAGGUCUACUCCGGAGGCAACUUCCAGGCCACCGUCGUCACCUCGGCCAUGGACAAGACCCGCCUGGCCCUCCAGAUGCUUGGCCGCCUCCUGUAUUCCCAGGUGACGGAGAUGAUCAACCCAUCCACCAACAACGGACUUGAGGCCAACCUCAACGCCAGCAUCCACGAAAACUUCACCAUGAAGGGCAUUGACGUGAACAUGUCGGCCUACAUGUCGGAGCUCGCGGCCUUGGCUCAUCCCGUCUCCUCGCACGUCAUGUCUGCCGAGAUGCACAACCAGGGCAUCAACUCGCUCGCCCUGCUGUCCGCGCGCCGCACCGCCGAGGCCGCCGAUAUUGUCGCCCACAUGUGCGCCUGCCACAUCUAUGUCUCGUGCCAGGCCGUCGAGCUGCGCGCCAAUCACCAUCGCUUCCUCGACACGCUUCGCGACAGGGAGCUGAGGGACCCGACGCACUUUGGUGCCCUGCACGGCCUCGGCCUCAAGUACGCCGACAUCGAGAGGCUCGCCGAGGAGCUGUUCCCCGUCAUCGAAUCGACCUGGUAUCACUGGAACGCCCACACUUGGAAGCACCGCGCGGCUCACGUGUCCGAGGCCAUCAUGGCUCCAGUGACCGAGUUUCUCACCGUCGAGGGCCACGAGUGCUCCGUCUCGCAGCUGGCCGCCUUCAAGAAGCACUUCGAGGGCGUCCUAUCCAAGGCCGCCGCCUCCAACUUUGGACACUGCUCGCUGUUGCCGCCGUCCGCCGUGGCCGCGCGGCUCGGCAACGGCAGCGCCCGGCUGUACACCUGGCUCCGGUCCAAGCUGGGCGUGCCUCUGCACUGUGGCAUCGACGACGAUCCGCUGUACAACGCGCGCAAGGGCCUGCCGACGUACAACAAGAAGACGGUCGGGAGCUGGGUGACUAUCGUGUACGAGAGCAUCCUCACGGGCGGACUGAUGGACAUGGCCAUGGACGGCGUCGAGUCGUCGCUGGAGGCGCCGCGGACCGUCGAGGAGUUCGACAGCCUCUGCCGAGAGAUGGCGGAUAUGUAUUGA